UAAGCGUUCCGCUUGGUCUUCCCUAGUUGAGAAGAGCCAGUCGUAGCGUCACUCCGAUCAAUUUCAUUUAUUUAAAUAUAUUUGUAAGUGCUGGUUUAAUAUUUCUUUCAACAAGAUGCCUUUAAAAUUUGAACUUUGCCCGGGUCGGAUGAUCGGAGCCAACCACCCAUGCUUCAUUAUUGCCGAAAUAGGACAAAACCACCAGGGAGACAUCGAGGUCGCUAAGAAAAUGAUCAAAAUGGCAAAGGACUGUGGUGCCGACUGUGCCAAGUUCCAGAAGAGUGAGCUGGAGUACAAGUUUAACAAACGUGCUUUAGAGCGUCCUUACAAGACAAAGAACUCAUGGGGGGAAACUUAUGGUGAUCACAAGCGCCACCUAGAGUUCAGCCAUGAGCAGUACAGGGAGCUGCAGAAGUAUGCAAAGGAGAUUGGGAUUUUCUUCACCGCCUCGGGAAUGGAUGAGAUGGCGGUAGAAUUCCUCCAUGAGUUGAAUGUGCCUUUCUUCAAAGUGGGCUCAGGAGACACCAACAACUUUCCUUACCUGGAGAAAACGGCCAAGAAAGGACGUCCCAUGGUGGUAUCCAGUGGGAUGCAGUCCAUGGAGACGAUGCGUAAAGUGUACAAAACAGUGAAGGAGCACAACCCAAAUUUUGCCAUCCUGCAGUGUACCAGUGCCUACCCCCUUGAGGCGGAGGAUGUCAACCUUAGAGUGAUCACAGAAUACCAGAAAGAAUUUCCCGAUAUUCCAAUCGGGUAUUCUGGCCAUGAGUCAGGAAUCUACAUUUCAGUGGCAGCUGUUGCUCUGGGGGCAAAGGUCAUAGAGCGUCAUAUCACACUGGAUAAGACAUGGAAGGGAAGCGACCACGAAGCAUCUCUAGAGCCGUCUGAGCUAGUCGAGUUGGUUCGUUCCAUUCGACUGGUGGAGAAGGCACUAGGAAGUGGCCUCAAAAAGAUGUUACCCUGUGAGAAGCCGUGUCACGAUAAGCUCGGGAAGUCAGUUGUGGCCAAAGUGAAGAUAACCAAAGGAACUGUCCUGAGUCUGGACAUGUUGGCAGUGAAGGUAGCCGAGCCCAUGGGAGUAGCGGCCGAAGACAUCUUCCAUUUGGUUGGCAAGACUGUCACAGAGGAUGUAAAUGAGGAUGAGAGCGUCUCACCAGAUGUGGUGGAAUGCUAUGGAAAGAAAGCCAAGUGCUGUGGAUAGAUGAGACGUUUGGGAUGGGAAGAGAAGCACUUAAUUGGUGAGGACCAUAAUCACGUGGGCAUAACUUGGUGAAUGAAUGAUUGACUUUCAUACAGGUUUAUAAAUCAGAAUAAAGAUGAUCUUUACAGUUUUCUGAGGUGGCAAGAGCCCAAAUUGGGCCGUUCCCAGAAACAAGCAGACUGAAGAAAUACUAAUUAACAACUGUAAUGUACUGUAAUGAAAAGCCAAUAUCACAAACAAUGGAGGAUGCGUCUUUCCUCAACAAGGUGCACUUAAAGGUCACAUCUCGCAUUUUUUUCUAUAAUUCAAUGUCUGUUUGUGACUAAUAAAAACGGAAUAUGCACAUGCUCGAAGUCAUUGUAUUAUUU